AUGAACUGCCUGAUUUGGAACUAUCAAGUGAUAGUAAAUAACAGAACUCGUUAUGCCCUCAAGUCGUUGAUACAAAAGCACAAGGCUUCUUUGGUUUUUCUCAGCGAGACUCACUGCACAAAACUGCAGCACCAGUCGCUCUUAAAAUCGACUGGCCUUUCUCAGAUUGCUCACUUCGAUCGUGUUGACAGAGCAGGCGGGUUGGCUUUGUUGUGGGAUGCCUCUAUCUCCGUCAAUGUCAGAAUGGUUGAUCGCUACUUCAUUGAUGCGAUUGUGAAGGGUCCAGACCAAGUGGAAUGGCGUUUCACCAGUUUCUACGGACACCCGGAGACCAAGCGGCAUCAUAACUCGUGGGAUUUGCUUAGGUCCUUAGCCGGGGAUCCGCUAGAGAGGUGGGUUGUUGCAGGGGAUUUUAAUGAGAUUUUGGAGUUGGGGGAGAAAUCAGGUGGAAGGCUUUGGAAUCUGGGGCAGAUGCAGGCCUUCCGUCAAGCAUUGACAAACUAUCAUUUGGAAGACAUGGGGGCUGCUGGAGGGUCGUAUACUUGGUGUGAUUCUAGGACGAAAGAAAGGCUGGACAGAUGCACUGCUUCCUCGACGUGGUGGGCUGCUUUCAGUUUUUCGAGAGUCGUACAUUUGCAUCCUAGCCGGUCUAACCAUGUUCCUCUAUUACUAGAAGUACGCUGUGUUCCACCGGGGCAUGAGCGACGGAGAAGACAGUUCCGGUUUGAGGAGAUGUGGUGCACCCAUGACGGUUUUUCUCAUAAGCACCAACGAUCAAGAGCUAUUUGGCUUAAGGAAGGAAAUAGAAAUACAAGAUACUUUCAUAAACGAGCUUCUAAUCGUCGUCAGAAGAAUAGCAUUAAAGGGCUCUUUGACCAGGAGGGUACAUGGCAGGAGUUUUCUCCAGGGAUAGAGAAAGUUGUUUUGGAAUAUUUUCAGUCAGUUUUUAGCUCCCAACCCUCUAAUUUGGUAGCUCAGGAUACUGUACUCCAGGCCAUCUCACCUAGAAAUACAGUGUCUAUGAAUGCUUCUCUGUUGGCCCCUGAUACCACAGAGGAUGUCCGUGAAGCGCUUUUCCAAAUGCAUCCUUCUAAGGCACCGGGGCCUGAUGGCAUGUCUCCGUUUUUCUUUCAGAAAUAUUGGGAUUUGGUAGGGCAGGAGAUUAGCAAUGCGGUCAUCUCGAUGUUGAGAAGGAUGGAGAUGCUCCCAGAUUUGAACUUUACUCAUGUCGUGUUAAUCCCAAAAGUCAAGGAGGUGACAACUAUGUCACAUUUGAGACUCAUAGCUCUAUGUGUUGUACAAGAUUGCUUCCAAAGUUGUGGCUAA